AUGGCAAGCCUACGAAAAACACACCCCCUCAUUAAAAUCGCUAACGACGCACUAGUCGACCUACCAGCACCAUCCAACAUCUCUACAUGAUGAAACUUUGGAUCCCUCCUAGGAUUAUGUUUGAUUACCCAAAUCCUAACUGGACUAUUUCUAGCCAUACAUUACACCCCAGACAUCUCAACCGCAUUCUCAUCAGUAACCCACAUCUGCCGUGACGUAAACUACGGCUGACUAAUCCGUAAUAUACACGCCAACGGAGCAUCAUUCUUCUUCAUCUGUAUUUACAUACAUAUCGCCCGAGGUUUAUACUACGGAUCAUACCUGUACAAAGAAACCUGAAACAUCGGUGUAGUCCUCCUACUAUUAGUUAUAAUAACAGCCUUCGUCGGCUAUGUCCUCCCAUGAGGGCAAAUAUCCUUCUGAGGUGCCACUGUUAUUACAAACCUGCUAUCCGCCGUACCAUACAUAGGAGACAUAUUAGUCCAAUGAAUUUGAGGUGGCUUCUCAGUAGACAAUGCCACACUAACACGUUUCUUCGCAUUCCACUUCCUACUACCAUUUAUCAUUGCCGCCGCAACCCUUAUUCACCUCCUAUUCCUCCACGAAACAGGAUCCAACAACCCAAUUGGACUAAACUCAGACGCAGACAAAAUCUCCUUCCACCCAUACUUUACAUAUAAAGACCUUCUCGGAUUCGUAAUUAUACUACUAGCCCUCACAUUACUAGCACUAUUUUCUCCAAACCUACUAGGAGACCCAGAAAACUUCACCCCUGCAAACCCCUUAGUAACCCCUCCACACAUCAAACCAGAAUGAUAUUUCCUAUUUGCCUACGCCAUCUUACGAUCAAUCCCCAACAAACUAGGAGGAGUCCUUGCAUUACUAUUCUCAAUUCUAGUAUUAAUAGUAGUGCCCCUCCUACACACCUCAAAACAACGAGGACUAACAUUCCGCCCAAUUACCCAAUUUCUAUUCUGAACUUUAGUAGCAGACAUAAUUAUCCUAACAUGAAUCGGAGGCAUACCAGUAGAACACCCAUUCAUCAUCAUUGGACAAAUUGCAUCCGUACUGUAUUUUGCACUAUUCCUCAUCUUCAUUCCACUAGCAGGAUGACUAGAAAAUAAAGCACUAGAAUGAGCUU